AUGUCGGACGAGAAGGCCGUCGGGCCGAUCGUGGAGUCGAGCAUGGUCUCGUUCGUGAUGGGCGGGUGCGUCGGCGCGGCCACCAAGUUCCUCGCGAAAACCACCGCGAUCUUCAUUGGCGUGCUCUUCCUCGGGCUGCAGCUCGCGGCGUACGCCGGCGUCAUCGAAGUGAACUACUCCAAGCUCUGGGGCAAGGUCGAGCGGGCUGUGGACCAGACAGGCGACGGGAAGUUCGACGAGAAGGACGUCGAGGUGCUGAAGAGGAAGUUCAUGCAGUUCGCGAGCACCGGCGUCCCCAACGCCGCCGGCUUCGGCGCCGGAUUCAUGGCCGCGAUCAAGCUCCUGUAA